AUGCAAGACCUCGGCAGGGUAUGCCAGAACAGGGGAUUUUCCCAGCUGAUUAACCAUGGAAUUUGCACGGACAUCCUCAACGACGCUCCUGACGCCGACGCUGCGUUCUUCGACAUGCCAAUGGGUGACAGGUCAGGCCUGGAGUCCGACGAUGUCACCCGGCCUGAUCGAUACUCUACGGUCUCUGAAGUGAACAACGGUGAGGUUAGGAUCCGUAGACAUGUCCUGAAACAGUACUCGUAUCCAUUGGAAGAGUGGAUCGACAAGUGGCCAGCACAGCCAUCGCAAUACAGUGGCAGCUCACAUAGCUUCCGCAGGGAAAAGAUGGCCAAGUAUGCAACAGAGGCCAGGAGGCUAGUGUCAGAGCUCGUGGAAGCCAUCACCGAGAGCCUCGGCCUCGGCCUCAGCCGCGGCGACCUGAGGACCCAGAUGGAGCGCGGCUUCGAGAUGAUGGCGGUCAACUGCUACCCACCGCCGGGGACAUCUUCUGAUCUGCCAACGAGGGUGUCCAUCGCCAGCCUGCCGAGCUUGGCCGUGGACGAGAGGUUCGAGGUGGCGAAGCAGCUGGUGGACGUGCGCCAUGCGGGGAUGUACCGAGGGAGCAGCCUGAAGGAGUUCGUUGAGUUCCUUCCGGCAGGUGGCUAA